CUCUUGUGAGCGACGAGCUCAGAGUCACCGGCACCCAUCGCGGCCGUGUCGAUUGAGACAAGUACAUACUGGACUGGACCCCUACAGAAACAGAAACAGAAACAAAGCAUGCAUAAGAGCAAUAAUACAAAAUCACUGCGCGAGCUGGAUGACGCUCUGGAUCGUCUCUGCGGCGACCUUCAAAGUCUUACGGAGACUGUCGCAUGCAUCAUGAACAAUUCUUUCAUGAGAAUGGGCCGGCUCCAUAAUCUCAAGAUGGGCCUGCGGGGGCCCAAAAGAAAAGUGAACAAGGCUAUCGGUAUGCUCAAGACCCUUCAAAACUACUUCUGUCCAGCACAUGCUAUGGUACCCCAUAUCUGGCAGAGAAUAUUCGAAUUCGCUGCCGUGAACGUCGAGGAAUGUCGCUUGGAUCCACCUCGGUCGAUUCAUGCAUGCCGAAGGCGAACGGACCUCAAUCAACUUGCUACACUCGCCGCCGUGUGCCAUUACUGGCACGCUGUCUGUACGACAACGCCGUCUUUGUGGAGGGAUGUCUCCAGCUGCGGGUCUCCGCUGCAGAGCCUCGUCCUCAAACGCUAUCCCGCUGUUCCACUGGAAGUUACACUCCUUGGCUCCGAAAUUCCCGAUAUCAUGUGGACGGUACCGGCGCCACAUUGCAGGACAUUGUCCUGGUCGGAAUGCACCUACGACGUCAUUUGUACAUGCGGAUAUAUUCUUUCUGAAUCAAGUGACACUCUUGAGGACCUAACAAUCACGGAUGAUGGGUAUUACGAGGAUGACGAGGAUGACGAGGACGACGCGAACGACGAUGACUCCUCUCAACCCGCAGCGGCACCUACAGUCAAAAUCUUCAGCGAAUCGACCUCUCGUCUCCGCAGUGUCUCAUUAUGUGGCCUCACCUGGGUGCCAGAAGACCGCUUCACCACCAUCACGACAAUGUUCAUAGGUCGCUGUGCCUGGUCCAAUCCGGUCUCUACGGUCCUCAAUAUCCUCCGCGAUACUCCCAACCUGGUGGACUUGGUCCUAUCGGACACAUUGGACCACGACAAGGAGCUGCGAGAGGAGGGUGCCGAUCAAGCGGGGAAGGUCUACCUGCCGAGUCUUCGCCGCCUCUCCUUCCACGAUAUCAGUGCUGGCAGUGCCAGUGUUGCGCUGUUGCUGUCCAAAUUGAUCCUCACACAUCAAGCUACCGUUCUGGUGUACGACACUCGCGGCUCCUCUGCACAAGACGUGCAGGACGACUGGCUACCAGACGCCCUAUAUCGAUAUGGCCUGGAUGUCGUAGAGCCUACGAGCCUGCAGCUCCAGUUUUUCCAAACGCCACCAGGGGGCUUGUCCGACGGGAACGUCUCGAUGUCCGUCUGGGCCGUUAGCCAGCGUGGCGGGCUCUUACUGCGCAAUAAAUGUCUCCGCCCUGUCCCCAUGGGCCCGGAUUGGCGCUAUUGUUUCGCCGAUUUCUUCAGGUUACGCCAGUUGCGAGACCUCCGCUACCUGGAACGUCGCGUCUAUCCCAAGGAGAGCCUGUGGCCUGUACGGAUGUGGUCCUCAUUGUUGCCGGAGAUGGAGGAGCUGAGACAGCUGACGGUCUAUGGUCACAGUCUAGGGCACAUGGCCCGCGCAAUAUCCGACGGCGAUUGGCUGGAGCGGGUGGAGGCACUGUGUCCACGGCUGUCGAGGAUCACCGUCCUCUUGUCGGGCGCAAGCCCGCCUUUAGAUAGCAUCAUGACCACACUCUCGACAAUACGGGCUGAUAUACCCUUUUCUAGCGUCACAAUCGCGUAUCUGCCGGACUAUUACAGAGUCAGGUAUCAAAGCGCACAUGACAGCCGUUUUAAGACGGUGAAGCACUGUGCCUAUGAUAAUGUACCAACGUUGAGGGCUCCAUGGCGCCGGCGUAACUCCGAUCUCCCUGACCUACCUAUGGCAUACUGGCCCGUCAAGCUGCUACUUAUGAAUGGGAUGUCAUUUCAUUGAAGUACACCACGAAUCGUAUGAACGGAGUAGACAAAUGUUGCCUUCUACUUCGCCACCAUUGAUACAUCUUACUUUACUGAUACUCAACUCGCGCUAUAUAUACCGGCGGACAUGUAACUUUAGACGGAGGAAGGCUGGAACCUCGGC